AUGCAAGACCGCUUCGUCGACUCCACGUUAAUAGAUUUCGUCAACGACAUGAACCUGACGGAGUUUCCGCAAAAGUGCACGUCGGGACCGAAACAGCAGGUGGAUAAUGAUGACUCAUCCAGCCCGGACAGCCAGACGCGGCUGAGCGACUCGCCCUGGAGCGACCUGGAAAACGGAUUGCACACUGCGGAUAUGGGCGCGCCGAGGUACUACAGCCGCGGGGCGCACGGACAUCACAGCAAGUCCAAACGGAGGAGGAUCAUCUCCGUGGUCCAGCGACAGGCGGCCAAUGUGCGGGAAAGGAAGCGGAUGUUUAGCCUGAACGAGGCGUUUGAUGAACUGAGGAGGAAAGUUCCUACGUUCGCCUACGAGAAGAGACUGUCCCGUAUCGACAGUCUCCGUCUGGCCAUCGUCUACAUCUCCUUCAUGACGGACCUGCUGGAGAACACCUGA